GAGCGUGACGAUCGACCUUAACACGGGGGUUAUAUGAUGUUUACCUACGCAGUGGAUGGCCAGGGAAGUAUCGGCUCACCUGAGUAUAUACCUGCCUCCUAAUAAUAUGUAAAUUUUGGAGGAUAUAUAAAUCGCCCCGGUAUAUUCCUGGUCACUUUGUGUAUACAUGCGUCUGUACAUUUUAUCACUGAUGUGCUUCAGCUGUUUAGAAGUGGCGAGACUACGAAUCCACCUCAACUGAUACCUAAGAUGACGGAAACACUCGGUUGGGGAGAUUAUCUUACCAUCGGAAUAUACUUUGCUAUUGUGCUUGUCGUCGGAAUCCUGUCAACAUGUCGACCAAACAGAGGGAGUUCACAAGGCUAUUUUCUGGCUGGCAAAGACAUGCACUGGAUACCGAUUGGAGCAUCAAUCUAUGCCAGCAACAUAGGCGCUCCGAUGUUCAUAGGUUUAGCGGGUUCAGCAGCAGCCUCUGGUCUAGCUGUCACGAUAUAUGAAUGGCAUGCAGCGUUCUUUCUCAUCGCUCUUGGCUGGAUUUUUGUACCUGUGUACGUCUCAUGUGGGUCCUUUACCACUCCCCAAUACUUACGGAAACGGUACGGAGGAAAGCGGAUCAGAAUCUAUUCAUCUAUCAUGUCCCUGGUCGGGUACAUCCUCUUCAAUAUCUCGAUUGAAAUUUUUACUGGUGCCAUGUUCCUGCAGCAAAUCCUGGGGUGGAAUCUCUACCUCAGUGUGGUUAUCAUACUUACUGUGACGGCCAUUUUCACCAUUGUCGGUGGUCUUGCUGCAGUUAUCUACACAGACACGUUACAGACAGUUGUACUUAUUGUUGGUGCUACCAUUCUCUUUGUUACGUCUUGGGUAGAUGUUGGUGGAUGGGAAGCAAUACACGACAAGUACAUGACGUCAGCAGCUAACUACACGCUUACAAACACAUCGUUAUACUCAUGUGGCCUACCGAGACAGGAUUCAUUUCAUAUUGUGCGUGAUGCUGUCACGGGAGAUAUCCCCUGGCCAGGUGCUCUUUUGGGACUAUCCACCUUGGGCAUGUAUGUCUGGUGUCAAGAUCAGCUUAUUGUACAGAGGUGCUUGUCGGCCAGGAACAUGAACCACUCCAAAGGGGGAGCAUUGCUUGGUGGUUUGCUGAAACUUACCUCUUUUCUCAUGUUCGUUAUUCCCGGGAUGGUCAGCCGGAUUAAAUACCCACAGGAAGUUGCAUGUGCAGACCCCGACAAAUGUUUUGAGAUUUGUCAAAAUAGGGCUGGUUGUUCAAAUCUGGCUUACCCACUGCUCGUCCUACGUAUUCUACCAGAAGGUAUUCGGGGCCUGAUGUUGGCUGCGUUACUAGCGGCGUUGAUGAGCUCUCUGACGUCGAUAUUGAAUAGUGCCAGCUCUGUGAUAACGUUAGACGUAUGGCGCAUGUACAGGAAGAAUGCCAAGGAAACGGAACUGAUGAUAGUGGGUAGAGUUACGGUGCUGAUCCUCGUUGUCACCAGUAUCCUGUGGUUACCAGUCAUGGAGAAGGUCCAGGGAGGACAGUUCUGGUCAUACAUGCAGUCCAUCAGAAGCUACCUCAUCCCUCCAUGGUGUAUACUGUUCGUUCUAGGAGUAUUCUGGAAACGUACAACGGAAGCGGGAGUGUUCUGGGGUCUGAUUAUAUGUCUGGUGAUCGGGGUCAUAAGAUUGGUGUUGGACUUUAUAUACUUACCGCCGAACUGUGGCAGCGGUGAAGCGGAUACCAGACCCGACAUCGUCACUAAAGUCGAUUUUCUCCACUUCGCCACCAUCUUGGCUGUCAUCGCUACCAUUGUGAUGGUGGUUAUAAGCCUUUUAACUGAACCAAGACCGGAACGAAAGCUGCGUCGUGUAACGUUUUGGACAAGGAACGAUCCUUUAGAACCAGAAUUAGACUCGGAGGAUGAUGAAAUGGAGGAGGAGGAAGAGGAUCCACAAAAGGAGGCAACAGAGGAUGCAACAGGUGCUGUAGGAAACUUCAAGAAAUACUGUUACAACUGGGUCUGUGGAACAACAGAAAUCCCCAAACAAAAACUAACGCCGGAACAGAAACGUGUUCUCAGGGCGAAAUUAACAUCUAUACAUCAGACAAAAUUCUGGAGGAAGACACUGAAUGCGGGCGCAAUAGUGGUUUCAACAUUUACUGUAUUUCUCAUAGGAUUUUUCUAUUGAGGUCAUCAAGACAUAUAAAUACAGACUAAGGUCAAUUGCAAUAUAUUGGUCAUGUUAUGUGAAAUACGUUUUUUAGAAACAAUACCAUAUCAAGGAAACAGUAUUUGUAACAUUUUUGUCACAAUCACUUUUGUAUAUAGAGUUAGGGCAGGAGAAAUGGUAUGUGCUGCCAUGUUUACCAUUGGUUAGUUACGCUAGGAAUUCACAAUAUUUGCUAGUCAGUGAUUGAUAUUGUAACCGCUUUGAAUCGGAUGUUUUACUUUUUAUAUAUUUUUUCAAUUAUCUGUAUGGUUAAAUGAACAGUCUUCGAUUGUAUGUUAUGUUACUUAAGAUUGAACAAACCCCCGUGUUUGAUAUGUAAUACGGAUAUGUUGUUAAAAUGCUGAACAUUUGCUGCGUCAGCUUGGUCAUUUAUAAAACAUGAAAGCUUAUGAAUAUUUAAAGAAAGUAAGUGACAUUAAAGCAUGUAAAUCGUUUUAACACAACUAAUUGUUAGGAAAUUAAACAUUAUAUCUAUUAUUACAUCUUAAAACAACGUGUCUGAUUGGAUGGUACUGGUCACAUGACGGAACAAUAAAACAGUUUAUUAUACCUUCUGUUAAAAUCUCGUAAUCUGAUUGGUUGAGAAAGAUGUGAACAUUUCCAA